AUGGCAGAGGCUGAGAAUAGAGGGGGAAGGAGCGGGGGGCUCACCAGCCCUGUAGUUGUGCGGUCGCGGCUCGGGGAGGGCUCGUGGUGGCCGGAGACGGUGACGGUGUGCGGUGGUGCAGAGAAGGAAGAAGACGUUGUUGCGGGCUCUCCGGUGAUGCCCGGCCCGUUUGGGUGGUCGGGGAUGACGAGGCAGACGACGGUCAUGCUCCCGGGCACGACGAUAGGGCACGAGGCGGCUGGUGGCCACAGUGGAGCAGCAACACGGCGGCGACGGCGCCCGGGUGAAAGGGGAUCUAAGGAGUGGGAAGACAGAGGAGAGCGGGGGAGUGGGUGCAGGGUUAGCCGUUCAAAGAACCAUGGUGUCAUCACGUACCAGCCCCGGGACUCCCUCUCCAGCCACUUCCCGUGCCUGAUCGGCGAGUUCCCCAUCAAGUACCUUGGCCUCCCGCUAUCCAUCCGCAAGAUCACCGCCUUGUCCUUACAGCCCUUCGUCGAGAAGCUGGAAAAGAAGCUCUCCCCGUGGUGGGCGUCCAUGCUUUCCCGCAAUGAGCAUUUGGCCCUCGUUCGGCACGUCUUCUACGUGAUGCCCACCCACAUUCUGAUUGUCAUGUCGCUGCACACCUCCAUCUUGCAGCAGGAUGUGCAUGGCCAUCUGGACCCAGCGGCACUUGUGCAGUACGUCCACCUCCGGGCGCGGCUCCAACAGAUCACACUCUCCGGCGCCCCGGACACCCUCACCUGGCGUUGGACGUCGAACGACGUGUACUCCGCCAAGUCGUGCUACAAGGCCCUAUUUGUCGGUGAGACACGCAUCGCAAUGGGGAGCAACGAGGGCGGCGGGUGCGACGGCAAGCCGGUGGUGGUGGUGCCGGAGAUCAAGUACACCAAGCUCUUCAUCAACGGCGAGUUCGUUGACGCCGCAUCAGGCAAGACGUUUGAGACGAGGGACCCGCGGACAGGCGACGUGCUGGCCCACAUCGCAGAGGCGGACAAAGCCGACGUGGACCUCGCCGUCGAGGCCGCCAGGGAGGCCUUCGAGCAUGGCAAGUGGCCCCGCAUGUCAGGCUACGUACGGAGCAGGGCCAUGAACAAGCUGGCCGACCUGAUGGAGCAGCACAUCGAGGAGCUGGCGGCGCUGGACGGCGCCGACGCCGGCAAGCUGCUCCUGUUGGGCAAGAUCAUCGACAUCCCUUCCGCGGUGCAGAUGCUGCGCUAUUACGCCGGCGCCGCCGACAAGAUCCACGGCGAGUCGCUGCGUGUGUCCGGCAAGUACCAGGGGUACACCCUCAAGGAGCCCAUCGGGGUCGUCGGCAUCAUCAUCCCGUGGAACUUCCCCAGCCUCAUGUUCUUCCUCAAGAUCAGCCCGGCGCUCGCCGCCGGAUGCACCGUCGUCGUCAAGCCCGCCGAGCAGACGCCCCUCUCGGCCCUCUACUAUGCUCACCUUGCAAAGCUGGUUGCCUUCACUGGCUCUGGUGAAGUAGGCCGCCUCAUCAUGGAGGCAUCUGCCCGGAGCAACCUGAAGACGGUAUCGCUUGAGCUCGGUGGCAAGUCGCCUCUGAUAAUCUUCGACGACGCUGAUGUCGACAUGGCGGUCGAGCUCUCAAGGCUUGCCAUCUUCUUCAACAAGGAAGGGAUCUACGACGAGUUUGUGAAGAGGGCUGUGGUGGCUGCCCAGAACUGGAAAGUCGGAGACCCGUUUGAUGUCGCCACCAACAUGGGUCCCCAGGUUGAUAAGGAGCAAUUUGAGAGGGUCCUAAGGUACAUUGAGCAUGGCAAGAGCGAGGGAGCGACACUUCUCACCGGCGGCAAACCUGCCAGCGACAAAGGAUACUACAUUGAGCCUACCAUAUUUGCAGAUGUCAAGGAGGACAUGAAGAUCGCUCAAGAUGAGAUCUUUGGCCCCGUGAUGUCCCUCAUGAAGUUCAAGACGGUCGAUGAGGCGAUAGAGAAGGCCAACUGCACCAAGUACGGGCUGGCCGCCGGCAUAAUCACCAAGAAUUUGGACAUCGCCAACAGGGUGUCGAGAUCGGUGCGCGCGGGGACCGUGUGGGUCAACUGCUACUUCGCCUUCGACCCCGAGGCGCCCUUCGGCGGGUACAAGAUGAGCGGGUUCGGCCGGGACCAGGGGAUGAUGGCCAUCGACAAGUACAUGCAGGUCAAGAGCGUCAUCACCGCAGUCCCUGACUCGCCUUGGUAUUAG